UCCAAACUAAACCCAAACUCUUGUUUCUCCUUAAGUGUGCAUGUUUGGUGCCACACUCCGAAACUCGAUAGCUAUUGAUUCUGCAGCCAUGCCUGAGGCUCCGAAGCACUUCUGCAACGAGCCAAAGGAGCUUGACGAUGGUGGCAGUAACAGUAGCAUCAUCAUGGAGAAUAAGAGGGCCCUGGAAUACAUUGAAGAGGUCACCAGAAACGCUGAUGAAAUUCAAGAAAAGGUGCUUGCACAGAUCCUUUCUUGUAGUGCAGAAACUGAGUACCUCCGACGCCAUGGCCUAGACGCUCGCACUGACAGAAUCACUUUCAAAAAGCUCGUCCCAGUCGUCACUUACGAGGAUUUAAAGCCUCAUAUUGAUCGCAUAGCCAACGGUGACACCUCCCCAAUUUUAUGUUCCAAACCCAUCUCAGAAUUUCUCACUAGCUCUGGAACGUCUGGUGGGGAGAGAAAGCUGAUGCCUACAAUCGAAGAGGAACAAGAGAGAAGAUCAUUGCUUUAUAGCUUGUUGAUGCCGGUGAUGGAUCAGUUCGUGCCUGGUUUGGAGAAGGGAAAAGGCAUGUACUUUCUCUUCACAAAAUCAGAAGCCAAGACUCCCUCUGGACUCCUUGCUCGUCCAGUUCUCACCAGCUAUUACAAUAGCUCACAGUUCAUACACCGCAAACCCGAUCCCUACGCAAACUACACCAGCCCAAACGAAACCAUUCUCUGCCCUCACUCUUACCAAAGCAUGUACUCUCAGUUGCUCUGUGGCCUUUUCCAGAACGAGGAAGUUCUUCGCGUUGGCGCAGUCUUCGCCUCCGGUUUUAUCCGUGCCCUUAAGUUCCUCGAAAAGCACUUCCGUUGUCUCUGCAAUGACAUAAGAACGGGCACCCUAGACACCAAAAUCACUGACCCAUCUGUGAGAGAAGCUGUGAUGAAAGUGCUGAAACCAAAUCCCACGCUUGCGGAUUUCAUUGAAGCCGAAUGUUUGAAGGGGUCGUGGAAGGGAAUCAUUACCAGGAUAUGGCCUAACACCAAGUAUGUUGAUGUUAUUGUCACGGGAACCAUGUCUCAGUAUAUUCCCAUAUUGGAUUAUUAUAGCAAUGGUCUUCCUCUUGUGUGCACCAUGUACGCUUCUUCUGAGUGCUACUUUGGCCUGAAUUUGAACCCCUUGUGUCACCCAACUGAGGUCUCUUACACACUCAUUCCCACCAUGGCCUACUUUGAAUUCCUGCCCGUGGAUCACAUCAAUGGACAUACUGAUUCCAUUUCUAACCUAGACCAUGAACAUUUGGUAGAUCUUGUUGAUGUCAAGAUGAAUCAAGAGUAUGAGCUUGUGGUCACCACUUAUGCAGGACUUUAUAGGUACCGGGUUGGCGACAUCCUCCGUGUAGCUGGAUUCAAGAACAAGGCUCCUCAGUUCAACUUCGUGUGUCGAAAGAACGUGGUUCUCAGCAUUGAUUCUGAUAAAACCGACGAAGUUGAGCUCCACAAUGCUGUCAAAACUGGUGCUGAUCAUCUUCCACAAUUUGGUGCAUCUCUCACUGAAUACACCAGUUGCGUGGACACGUCAACAAUUCCAGGCCACUACGUUGUCUACUGGGAAAUCAACACAAAUGGGGAAACCCCAGCAAUUCCUUCUUCUGUUUUUUGUGAUUGUUGCUUCGCAAUUGAAGAAUCUCUGAGCAGCGUGUACCGGCAGGGCAGGGUAUCGGAGUGUAUUGGAGCCUUGGAAAUCAGGGUGGUUGAGAAUGGCACGUUUGACAAACUCAUGGACUUUGCUCUUAGCCAAGGUGCCUCCAUAAACCAAUACAAGACACCUCGUUGCGUCACUUACGUGCCCAUUAUCGACCUUCUUAACUCCAAAGUUGUUUCCAAUUACUUCAGUCCCAAAUGCCCAAGUUGGGUCCCUGGUCACAAGAAUUGGUUCAUUGAAAAUUAGUCCAUCAUGUUCUGAAAAAGAAAAAAGAAAAAAAAAAAAACUCUCUUGUUUCCAUUGUGAGAUUAGCGAAGAACUUAAACCCAUGUCACUCUCCUGUAGUAUUUCAAGUCUUAGUAAUAAACAGAAUAAAAUAUUUUAUCAUGGUAUAAUUUAAGUUAACUUGUAGGAUUUAAUCUAGAAGAGUUUCUUCUGGUGAA